CAGAGGUUAUGUAGUCCAACUCGCAGAAGGAAACUGAGUAAAUAUUCCUACUGAAGUCCCUGAGUCUUAGUUUCUCCUCCCUGCAUGAGGGAGUGAAGGGCAACAACCUAACAACUCAGAACAAGAGAUCUGGAUGGAACAUGAGGCUACCCAGCUAGAAAAGCAACAUGUACACAGUGUGUAUGAAAGCACAGCCUCCUAUUUUAAUGACUUGCAAAGCAAAGCAUGGCCUCGUGUUCGUCAGUUUCUAUUGGAGCAAAAGCCUGGCAGUCUCAUUGCAGACAUAGGUUGUGGGACUGGAAAGUACCUCGCUGUCAACAGUCAGGUGUAUAAUCUGGGAUGUGAUUACUGUGGGCCAUUAGUGGAAAUUUCAAAGAAGAAAGAUUGUGAAGUAUUGGUAUGUGACAACCUUAAUCUUCCAUUUAGGGAUCAGUGUUUCAAUACAAUCAUCUCCAUUGGAGUGAUUCACCAUUUUUCAACAAAACAGAGGAGAAUCAAAGCAAUAAAGGAAAUGGCCAGGGUGUUGAUGCCUGGAGGCCAGAUGAUGAUUUAUGUUUGGGCUAUGGAACAAAAGAAUCGUCGCUUUGAGAAACAAGAUGUUUUUGUUCCUUGGAAUAGGGCCUUGUGCUCCCGGCCUUUUUCAGAAUCAAAUCAGACUGGGGAUAAGAAUGAACUUAAUGCUAAGAAUCAGGAUAUACACCUACAACAGUUUACAGGCUCUGAGUGCCCUUACGCAGUUAAUCCUAAAUUGGAUUUUGAUUCAAAACAUUCCCACAGUACAGACCAUUGCUUACCAGGAACCUGUUGCAUGAAAAUGUCUGAAGAAGAAAACAGAUUCUAUAGGGCACUGGGGAGAUCUUUUCGUUUGUGGUUUUUCUCCAGAUCCCUUGAUGAAUCAGCUUUGCGAAAGCAACCUGAAAAGGUGAAGCAGGAGAAGAACAUAGGCAGAUGGACAAAUAGCGCAAUAUCCAUUCAGCCUUCAAGGCACUGCAGUUUAGAUUUAGGUCAUCCUGGGCCAUUGUUAAAAGAACAAAGUUUAGAUGAUGAUGAAGUGUUUCUGGAAAAUGCGUCUCUUGGGAAAGCACAAUGGAUGGCAGCCUCAAAUGCAACAAGAGAUUUAAGUGGAGAGCAUGACAUUCAGAGCAAGCAUGAAGAAACAUCAUCAUUAAGUGGCCCUAUGGAAGACAAAGAUUGCAGCUGUACUUGUAAAAAGGAUGAAGGUGAUAAGUCUCCAGCUAGCAAACUCUUUAAAAGAACUUCAACAACUGACUCUACUGAUUCAAUUUUGGAUGCAGCAGUGGCUGUUGAAGAUCAGACUACUGGCACAUUGGAUACAAAAGCCUUCAUGCGUUAUUAUCAUGUUUUUCGGGAAGGGGAGCUAUGCUGUCUAGUAGAAGAGAAUGUGCCUGAGCUUCAGAUUCUUUCUUCUUGCUAUGAUCAUGGGAACUGGUGCAUAAUUGCAGAGAAGUUAGGAAAAUCACUGCAAACAGAACAACACAAAAACUUCAAGGUUGCAUAAUUUGAGCUGCUGCUUGUAUUCUUGUGAUUGUGCAAGGUAAAAUGGAAUUUCUGUCUUAUAUAGGUGUGUGCCAUCCAUUCCUGAUUUUUCUGUGUAUAUUUAUUUGUAAAUACUGUAAAUAAGAAUGUAUGUGGCAAAUGACACUUAUGUUUUAGUAAAGAUAGGCUUUUACAAAGUUCAAACCUGAGAGUUUUAUAUUGCUUUUAGCAAAUGUCUGAGUUUUUUAAAUGUAUUUUUAUUAAAAAAGAGAUGAUUUUUAUAAGAUAAGGAUCAGGGCAUCUCUUAUGAUAAAUAUUCCCCUUGACAACAGUGAGGCUUGGUCCUGAAAACACUUAAGGGUGUGUGUUACUUUACUCACUAUCCCCCUGAUUCUACAGUCCCAUGCUUCUAAGAUGCCUAUUUGGGGACUUACGCACAUGUUUAAAGUUAAGCAUGUGCUUAAUUACAUUACAUUACUGUAGUUCAGAAUGAUCCCAUGAUACUUUAUUAUUGUUGGUAAAGUUCAUUCAUGGGCAUAAGCAUUUGGAAGAUCAAGCCCUGAGUAAUUUAUUAUUCGUUUUUCACAGUCUGGAGAAAAUGAGUCAGCUGCAUGUGAUCAAGAUUUUGUUUUUUUUAAAUAAACUAGUU